CUUAUUCCUAAACCCUAAUCAUGGCAUCCUUCAAGUCUCCUAUCAACUCCUUCAGCUGCUUCCAAGCUGCUACAACCCUUGUGUUGUUGAUUGCCCUGAGCCUCUCAGUGCACACUCAGAAGGCUGAUGCUCAGAGCAGCAGUUGCUCGGCCGCGCUGAGCAGCCUAAAUGUGUGCGCACCUUUUGUGGUGCCUGGCUCCACCAACACCAAUCCGAACUCUGACUGCUGUGGCGCGCUCCAAGCCGUCCAUCCUGAAUGCCUUUGCAACGCUGCCAGGGUCGCCGCUCGCCUCCCCGCCCAGUGCAAUCUCUCCCCCAUCACUUGUGGUUAGUCAACUAAAAACACCAACUGAUGUGCUACGACAAUGCCGUCAAGGGAAUAAUGUUGAAGUUUCACCAUUUUGCUUAUGUUGUUUUUUCCUUUUUUUUCUUCCCUCGAAUGUAUGCUCUGAUCUGCGAUGAUGAUCUGGGGAUCAGAGAGAGAACUUAAUGUUGUUGAAUAAAAUGGGAAAGAUGUUUCAACUUUGUGGAACGAUAUGUUCUUAAUAAAUGGCACCAAUAUAUGAUCGAGAA